GGCCGGUUUGCGCCGGGCUGCGCUCGGCUCGGCCGGGCCCGCGGAGGUCGCACCCAGCCCCCCGCCUCCCGCCGGGACAAAGGCCGAGUGUCUGCCGGCCAGGCGCAGGCGGCCCGGGCGCCACCCGACCUCCCCCGCCGCGGCCCCGGGGGACCCCUCGGGGCGGGUGCCGCCAGCCCGGGGCGCACGUGCUGUUUACCCCGGCGUUGUUCAGACGGCGCUGCCGGGGCCGGGCAGCAGCCCGCGAGCGGGGAACCCACCUGUCCUGCAGCCAGCCGGGCCCAGGACGCCGGGCCCCCGCGAGCCACACGGCACGGCGCGGGAGCUCUGCCUGCGCCCCGGUGGCGCCCGGGGCGGACGCGCGUUCGAGUUCUUGAGCGCUCCAGGCAGUGAGGCUUGGGGGGUGCAGGCGUCGCGAGGCCAGGGGGCUUCGGAGGUGCCCACGUGAUGACCGGGCACCUGCCGGGUCUGGUGGGGACAGCUUCCUGAGCAGAGCAAGGGCCCGGCUGGGAUGCGCGAGCCCAGCUCGUGGGCACAGUGGAGCAUCUGAAUUUACCCCGGAUCGUUCCAGGCAGGGGCGUGGAUGGCAUCUGGGGGCCGCCGCUCUCCCCUUUGUCAUCCUGACCCUGGUGAACACCCCGUACAAGCGCGGGUUUUACUGUGGAGAUGACUCCAUUCGCUACCCCUACCAGCCGGACACCAUCACGAAUGGACUCAUGGCCGGUGUCACCAUCACUGUCACCGUCAUACUUGUCUCGGCAGGGGAAGCCUACCUCGUCUACACACACCGCCUCUACUCCCACUCUGACUUCAACAAUUACGUGGCCGCCGUCUACAAGGUGCUGGGCACCUUCCUGUUCGGGGCGGCCGUGAGCCAAUCCCUGACCGACCUGGCCAAGUACAUGGUCGGCCGCCUGCGCCCCAGCUUCCUGGCCGUCUGUGACCCCGACUGGAGCCGGGUGAACUGCUCCGGCUACGUGCAGGUGGACGUGUGCCGGGGAGCCCUCGCCAACGUCACCGAGGCCAGGCUGUCCUUCUACUCGGGCCACUCGUCCUUCGGGAUGUACUGCAUGGUGUUCCUGGCGCUCUACGUGCAGGCCCGGCUGCGUUGGAAGUGGGCACGGCUGCUGCGGCCCACGGUCCAGUUCUUCCUGGUGUCCUUCGCCUUCUACGUGGGCUACACGCGCGUGGCCGACUACAGGCACCACUGGAGUGACGUCCUCGUCGGCCUCCUGCAGGGGGCGCUGGUGGCCGGUUUCACUGUCCGUUACAUCUCAGACUUCUUCAAAGUCCGGCCCCUCCCACGGCCCUGCUUGGAGGCUGAGGGGGAGGGAGGGGGGGAGCGGGUGGGGGAAGGGGAGGAGCCGCGCAAACCCAGCCUGGCGCUGACCCUGACCGUCUCGGAGGCCCAGCAGAACCACUACGUGUUCCCGGUGUCGUCCUCCUGAGACGGGGGCCUUGGGUCAGCUUGCUGACUGUCCCUCUGCCCCCAGGUGGGCAGUGCGGGCCUCUGAUGGGCCCCGGACCCUGUGGCUGUGGUGGUGAACGGAGACCCUCACCCCUGUCCUCCUGGGCCGGUUCCGAGUCUGGCCCAGCCUGGCCAGCUCUCCCACCGCUGGGGCUGGGGGCCCUGGGCGUGGAGUGCCCACUUGCACAAGGUGCGAUGACCCUGUGGGUGUCCAGUGUGGCUCCAGGGCACCCGGUCGCCCCGGAGCUGCACAUGAGGGCCUGCAGGUGAUGCCUGGGGCCGGUGGAGUGUGGAGGUGACCGAGGUGGCAUCCAGUGACCCCUGACCUCCCCCUGCUGUGGAGGCUCAAGCAGGUGCUGGGGGGGCUGGUACCCCAACCAUGUCAGCACUUUGAAGUCUUCAGUUUUCAGUGGGGGGGUGAACCAUAAACUGAAUUUUUUACCAA